AUGGAUAAUUACAACAAGAAUCUUAUUGUAGUAGAUAAUAAUGAUAAUAUUAUAGGUACUGUUAAAGCACUUACAGGGCAUCAUAAAUCUUUCUUAACAUUACAUAGGGCCUUUUCACUAUUUUUAGUUGAUAAUGAAAAUUCGUUAGUGUUACAAAAAAGAUCUAAUGAUAAAUUGGUAUUUCCUGGUAUUUGGGCUAAUACUGUAUGUUCUCACCCAUUUCUUAAUCCAUUGUCAUUUAGUGAUCCUAUAUUGGAUGCUAAAAAUCAUUUAAUAAAACGACUGAAUUAUGAGCUUGGUAUUAAUAAUAUUAAAGAAGAAGAAUUACAGUAUAUUGGUCGAGUGUGGUACAUGGCAACAGAUACUAAGUAUUUCGGGCAUUUAUUGGAAGGAGAGCCUUGUGCGCAGGAAUACAAGGAGUUUGAAAUUGGUGAGAAUUUACAAGUAGAAAAAUACAGUAAAGAUUUCUUUGAAUGGGAAAUUGAUUACAUUUUUGUAUGUAAAAAGACUGUAGAUAUUGUUUUAAAUACUGAAGAAGUGCAAGAUGUCACCACUGUGAAUAAACAAAAAUAUAACAAAAUGGUUGAAAAUGGGUUGAUUAGUAAGUGGACGAGAAUUAUAGUUGAUAAGUCUAAUAUAUUUGAUAUUUUAGAAAAAUUAUGA